CUUAACUAACCUGUCUUCCCUCAUCAGUUGAUAGACAAUCUUCCCUUCCUUGCCUUUGCCCUCUUUUAGAAGUUGUGAGCUCUUCCUCCAUUUGCUUCCCCAGUUUCUUGGAGAAGAGGAAGAAUGCUGCUGAGGAGCUCUUCCACCCCAGUUCUUGGGUCUCUCCUCUCCUCUUUCUCAGACAGCCCAAGCCUUCACAGCCACCACGAGGCCGCCGCCCUCGCCGCCGUCGCCGCGGCGGCGCGCAAGACCGGCCUCCAUGGCCACCACAGCUUCUCUUUCCACCCGAAAGGGUCCCUCGCCUUCUCCACCAUCUCAUGCAACUCCUCCCCCACCUCUCCCUCCGUGCAUGACUUGGGCGACGCUCCCAACCAACGCAAGGGCGGCGCCGGCGGCUUCCGGCGAGCCCAAUCCGACGGCAACUUGGAAGGCUUGGCCUUCAACAUGUCUCCCUUGAGCAGCAGUGAAGAUCAGUUCCGCGCCACGAGCCAUGCUAAGAAGCCCUCGGUUCGGCCUCGAGGCAUGAUGUUGGAGACGAUACCGUCUUUCUCGUUUCAUAGGAACGGGCAUGGCCGCGAGGACGAGGACGAAGAGAACAGCGAUUUCGACGUCGAGGAGGGAGAAGAGUACGAAGAAUAUGAAGAGGCAUCGUUGGUGGAGAGUAGUGUGAAGUUCAAGGGGAGUAAAAGUAUGAGUUUGAUUGCGGAGGAGGAGGUGAGCAGCGUUGGUGGUGUGAAUAUGAUUGAGAAGUCCGGUUUCGAAGAGAACCAAGAGAGGGUCAGGCAAGAAAUGCAUCUAGCGAUAGGGCUCGGCGGCGGAGGCGAUUGGGACGGUGACGGCGGCAGCAGAGGCGGCAGGGGGUCUAAUUCGUCGGACGACGGAGCCGAUGAUGGAAAUAAUCGGGGGGUUGAAGAGCAUUAUAAGAAAAUGGUGGAGGAGAGUCCUAACAACUCUUUGUUUCUCAGAAACUAUGCUCAAUUUCUCUAUCAGACACAGGGAGACCUGGAGAGAGCAGAGGAAUACUAUGCUCGCGCCAUUUUGGCAGAUCCUCGAGACGGCGAGAUCCUGUCGCAAUAUGCGAAGCUAGUAUGGGAGCUCCAUCGCGACCAACCGAGAGCGUCGACGUACUUCGAGCGUGCUGUUCAAGCUGCCCCUGAAGACAGCCAUGUUCAAGCAGCAUAUGCUAGUUUUCUAUGGGAAAUAGACGAAGACGAGCAGGGCGAAGAUGAAGAUGAAGAGGAAGCGUCGCUUGCCACUUAUGCAAUGUCGCCGCAAUUUCGGGGGCAGGCUACGGCUUCUGUCGGCGCCUAACCGCGGAAGUUCUCUCAGAAUCAACAGAGUUGACACGGCAAGAAGUAGGACAUGCCAUUCACGUAUCAGACACUACUCCGUUUUCCUUUUUGGUAGGCUAUAUACAUAAGAUUCUAGUUAGGACAAGAAAAGUGUACAAUAUUGCAUUUUCACAUGAGAAUGCGUAAAGUUUCCCUUUUGGUGUUACCGUGCUAGGCUCUAUCGAAAUGUGAUUUUUGUAAA